UAACAAAACGUUGCGUUCUUAACCGAUGACUACCGGUCUAUUAUUAUGCUAUAACUCAUCAUGUCAUGCCGGUCAAACUAGUGUGAGGUUCGGUGGCGCACGCACCUGUUGGCCGACCGUGGAGCAGACGGAUGACCUGGAGGCGAGCGCAUCGAUGGCGCCCCCUACAGAGUCGGCGACGUCGGGCAUGUGGAGAGGCAGCCAACAGCGGUCGCUAUCCCAAGAGUCAACAUCGGAAGACGGAAGAGUGUCGUUGCCGUCAAGCAGUCCAAUAUCACCGAUCUCACACGACGGCCACCAUCAGCACCACCGCUACCACGGAACGCCGAAGGAGGCUGGCAUGAUUAAAUACGGAGAGCUCAUCGUGCUCGGAUACAAUGGCAUCUUGCCGCAGGGAGACAAGGGCAGGAGGAGAAGCAAGUUCAUCCUAUACAAGAGGAAACUAGCGAAUGGUGUUAAGCCCUCCAGACAACACAUUGUGCAAAAACCUCAAAAUGCAAAAGUGAUAUCAUCAGGAGUGUAUAGUAUAGACUAUUGUCUGUAGACUGUAUAUAGUGUGUUUAUAUUAUACACUCCUGGCAUCGGCACAUUGCCGUACGUUUACCCACAGAUCGGCCGGUCAUCCGAAACGCCCAUCGACUUCGUCGUCAUGGAUACGAUUCCGGGUGACAAGCAGGCGGACAGCAUCAUCACUCAGAGCACGAUCAGCAGGUUCGCCUGCCGCGUCACGUGCGACAGGAGCGUGCCGGACCGAUCGCGCGUCUACGCAGCCGGCUUCGACUCCUCACGCAACAUCUUCCUCGGGGAAAAGGCGACGAAGUGGCAGAAGAGCGACGAGGGUGGUGAAAUCGACGGACUCACGACGAACGGCAUUCUCAUCAUGCAUCCGAAGGGCAAGUUCUUCGGCGGACGCGCAGAGCCGGGAAUUUGGCGAGAGGUGUCCGUGUGUGGCAGCGUCUACGCUCUCAGGGAGUCCAGGUCUGCCCCACAGAAGGGGGCGCUGGUGGAGGAUGAGUCCAAUGUUCUCCUGGAUGGCACUCUCGUUGAUCUCUGUGGAGCAACGUUGUUGUGGAGGUCCGCAGCCAGCCUUAGUCUUUCACCUACGAAGCGGUAUCUGGAGCACCAGGUGGAGGAGCUAAACGCCGGCCGGCCGCAGUGUCCCGUCGGGCUCAACACGCUAGUCAUACAGAAGAAGAACACGCUCGUCGAGUCGGACAAGCAGCCGUACGUGUACCUGUCGUGCGGGCACGUGCAGGGCGAGCACUCGUGGGGGCGCGAGGACGAGACGCGGCGUCGCUGCCCGAUGUGCCAGCAGGUGGGGCCAGUAGUUAAGUUGCAGAUGGGGAUUGAGCCUGCGUUCUAUGUGGAUACAAACAUACCAACGCAUUGUUUCAACCCUUGUGGUCACAUGGCUUCCGAACAAACUGUCAAGUACUGGGCAUCCGUUCCGCUUCCCUAUGGCUGCCACGGUUUCCGAGCAGCGUGUCCCUUCUGUGCCAUUCCUCUCAUCAGCGACACAGGAUGGCAGAAGCUCAUAUUCCAGGACUAUGUCGAUUAA